UAGUUGCACUUCAACGUGUGCUUGAGUAGAGAGGAAUUGAGUCAUUACACAAGGGACUACAUUGAUGGAAACAAAAAGAAAACAAACAGUCCUCUGCAGUUUUCUUAAACUUUUUUGCUAAUUGGUAACUAAACUACCAGGUACAACUUAUUUGAAAGGCUUUCAAAAUAUCACAAGGAAUCAAUGGUAAACAAUAUGGCUGCUACCACCUGCUGGUUACAGUUGGCAUCAUUGUUCCUGUGUCACUUCCUGGUCAUAAAUACCUCAUGUACCUUAUGGAUGCCAUGGCAGUUUCCAUGUGACAUUAAGGUGGUCAAUACUACUAAAACCACAGAUGACAUCAUCUUCAAUUGUGAGGAGCGUCGACUGAGAAAGGUACCUGAUGGCAUCACCAGGAAUGUGACUGUGCUGGACCUAUCAGAAAACAACAUCCAGAAUGUAUCUCAUGAAUCAUUUUCUAACCUGGAGAACCUGACCAUUCUCAAUCUCAACUGGGUCAACAAAAACCACAUCAGUCACAUUGCCGAAGGUUCCUUCCAAAAUCUGACAAACCUGCAGGACCUAAGGCUUAAUGGAAAUGGCCUAAUUGAAAUUCCACAAAACCUCCCACUCAGCCUGGAAAUACUCAUGCUGGACAAUAACAAAAUCAAUUUCUUGAAUAUGAGCUACCUCUCUGGUAUAACACAUGUGAAGGAGCUCUUUUUAUCCAAAAACUGCUUCUACUGGAAUCCUUGUGAGAAUAAUUUUACUAUAAGAAACGGCACAUUCUCAGCAUUGAUUAACUUAGAAGUUUUGACAUUGGCCUUUAAUAAUUUAACUCAAGUUCCAAAAGAACUUCCCAGCUCUUUAAAAACAUUAUGGCUUGAAUCUAACAAGAUACAGUAUAUUGAUAAGGAUGAUUUCUAUGGACUAACCCAUCUGAAAACCCUUGAAUUACAGGGAAACUGUCCACGAUGCUCCAAUGCUCCAUUUCCGUGUGUCCCCUGUCCCAAUAUUUUCCUAGAUAUUCAUCCUCAUGCAUUUCAUGGCCUUACAGAGUUACAGACACUGCACCUAGCAGGGAACUCACUCAGUUUCAUCAAGAACUCCUGGUUUGAGAGUUUAAACAAUCUUAAACAACUGUUCCUCUCUUAUAAUUUCUUGUCUAAGGCUAUGACUGAAGGAACGUUUUUUAGCUAUCUACCAAAGCUAGAAGUUAUGGAUUUUUCAUUCAAUUAUGAUUUGUUAGCCUACCCUGACACCCUACUGCUUUCAAGACAGUUUUCUAAAUUAUUGUCACUUAGAACAUUACAUAUAGCAGGUUAUGUUUUUAAAGAAAUCCAGUCAGAUACUCUCAGCCCUCUCCAUCAUCUAAAAAAUCUGUCAGCGUUAAACAUGGGAAUUAAUUUCAUUGUUCGCUCUAAUUCUACCAUAUUCAGAAAAUUCUCACACUUGAAACUAAUAUACCUGGCAGAAAAUAGGCUGUAUCCAGUUUCAGUGAGCGAUUCACCAGGCCGUGUCUUAGGAAGCAAUUCAAAGUCGGAGCUGAACAAGUCACCUCUCACUAGUCACUAUUCACAUUCAAUGGAUUUUUCCUUUGAGUUAAAACACGGCCUUGUGAAGCAAGAGUGCUUUGACUCUGGUCGAGUGCUGGUCCUUAGUUCAAAUAAUAUCUUCUUUAUUUCUCCAAAGCAAUUUGAGGGCUAUGGUGACAUUGCAUGUCUGAACCUAUCAAGAAAUGGAUUUUCUGCAGCACUGAACGGGACAGAGUUCACAACGUUACCAGCCCUAACAUAUCUGGACCUGUCCUUUAACAAGAUUGACCUGGCCUAUAACAACGCAUUUAAGGAAUUACACAAACUACAAGUUUUAGACCUAAGCUACAACAGCCACUAUUUUGAAGUGUCAGGUGUGACACAUAAUUUAAAUUUCUUGACAAAUCUACCGGCUUUGAAAGUACUGAAUAUGUCAAACAAUAACAUUUUUACAUUAACAACUAAGCAGAUGACAAGCGCAUCUUUGAAAGAGCUUCAAUUUCAACACAAUUUGUUGGCCACAUUAUGGAAAGAGAGGGAUGGCUCAUACAACAGACUUUUUAAACACCUGGUGAAUUUAACCUAUCUGGAUAUAUCCUUCAACAGCAUUGAGAAGAUUCCAUCAACAGUCUAUGAAAACUUACCGUAUACCCUUCAGAAACUAUGCAUUAGUCAUAAUUUACUCACCCAUUUUGAUUGGGAUAAACUGGCAAGUUUCCAACAACUGAAUAUUCUGGAUCUAAGCUAUAAUUCUUUAUAUCACAUGUCAGCAAAUCUCUCAAACUUCACAAAUGCACUUCAGAUGCUUGACUUGAGCUACAAUCAGAUUGCUCAACUCUCUGAUGGAUUUCUUAAGGGUGCUCACAACCUUCAAUUACUUGACCUCAGCCACAACCAACUGACUAUCGUCAACGAGAGCACCUUCCUAUCGGGCCCUGAAAACGACAUGAAAACCUUGUCCUUGCAAGGUAAUCCAUUCCAGUGUACCUGUGACUUAUUCGACUUCAUCCUGUGGAUUAAAGAUAACAAAGACGUAGAGAUCCCCGGACUGGCCACUGAGUUGAUCUGCAACAUGCCGGCCGAAACGAGAGGCCAACCAGUGAUACUGUUUGACAUUGAAGAAUGCGUCAAUGACAUCAAUGCCUUCCUGAUUUACUCUUUCUCCACUUCCUUGAUCAUGCUCACCAUGGUCAUCACCAUGGCAGCUCAUAUGUUUUAUUGGGAUGCUUCCUAUAUUCUAUACUACCUGAGGGCGAAGCUAAAGGGCUACCAUUCCUUUGGGUCCGCAACAACAAACAAUCUCUAUGAUGCCUUUGUUACCUACGACACCAGAGAACUGUGGGUGUCAGACUGGGUGCUGAACCACCUGCGGGUGCAGCUGGAGGAGAGGCAGGAGAGACACCUGCCUCUCUGUCUGGAGGAGAGAGACUGGGUCCCAGGGGUCCCCCUGAUAGACAACCUCACCCACAGCAUCCGACAGAGCCGUAAGACCGUUUUUGUCCUGACCGAGGCAUAUGUCAGGACCGGGACCUUCAGGAUGGCUGUGUACCUGGCCCACCAGAGGCUGCUGGAUGAAAACAUGGACGUGAUCGUGCUGGUUCUCCUGGAACCUGUACUGCAGCAUUCUCAUUUCCUCCGUCUGCGGCGGCGUCUGUGUGGGAAGAGUGUUCUGGAAUGGACCCGGACUGCAGCCGCAGAGCCCUGGUUCUGGCAGUGCCUGAGGAACGCUGUCAGGUUAGACAACCAGGUGAUGUACAACCAGAUGUAUUCCAGGUACUUCACCAAUAAGUAGAGCACAGGUCAGACCAGAGACUCAAGAGGGACCAGGUAGCUUUCCCACACAAAUAGACUGAGCAGUUAAACACAACAACUGCAAUCCCUUUUUACAAUUUAUUUUUACAUCCCUUUAUGAUUGGAUGAUUCUGUACAUCUGAAAUCAACAAUAUGUAAAUAAAUGUUCUAUUCAUUGCUUUAAUGCCAAACAGGGGGGGGGGGGUAUUGGGUUGUGGGGUCAGCCAGUCAGUGGCACUAUUGGUAUGUGACAAUAGAGACAUAAUUUUCAAAAAUUGUGACAAUAAAGACAACAUUUUCAGAAAUUGUUAUGACUCAUUAUUUUAUUAUAUGAAUAAUCAUUUCAAAAGAUCACAAAUUCAAAACAUUGUAUCGGGAAUCUCUUUGAACUACGCAGACAGUCACAGCGCCAGUGUGCCUUACGAUCAUGGAAAAUGUAUUAUCUAAAAUGUAGUCAACGACGUAGGGAUCAACUAGUAGUCUUACUAUGUUUCUGAUGCAAACCAAUGAAGUCAGGGUUACCAUCUGAUGUAAUACUGUGUUAAUCCACGGGAUGUCAUUAUUGACACAAUCAUGAAGAGUUACCGGUUUACACUGGACUGGUUUU